AUGUCAGUAAAAGAUGGAGAGGAACCAACGGCAAGCGACACUACGGCGAUCGCGACCUCAAACGUAUUGACCGGCAGCGGCGUGCAAAUCAAUGCUCCGAUCGGCACGAUAAGUCAAUAUUUCGGAGGAGCCGAGAACAAGGAGGCGCUAUGCCUCCGGGACCUGUACAUUACCAACCCCUGGCUCGACAAGCAGCGCAUCGAGGACGCAAAGGGCGGCCUGCUGCAAGACUCGUACCGCUGGAUCCUGGAGCAGGACGCCUUUCGGCAGUGGCGAGACGGUGCAGACGCCCGCCUGCUCUGGAUCAAGGGCGGGCCCGGUACGGGCAAGACGAUGCUGCUCUGCGGCGUCGUCAACGAGUUGCAACGCACCAUCACGCCCCAGGGGAACCGUCUGGCCUUCUUCUUUUGCGAGGCCGGCAACAAAAAUGCCGACAGCGCCGCGGCCGUCCUGCGCGGCCUGAUCUACCUGCUCAUCAGCCAGCAGCCCGAGCUAAUCGGCCACGUGCUAGUCCGGCACGAAAAAGUUGGGUCCAAGCUGUUUGAGGGCCCAGGCGCGUGGUAUUCACUGCGCGACAUCUUUCUCGACCUUUUGCCAAAAGUAGAGCGUGUGACCUAUUUUGUCGUCGACGCGCUCGACGGCUGCGGCGAGGAUCUCGAGAGACUGCUUUCGCUGAUCGCCAAGACGGCGGCGGAGCCGGAUACUCGUGUUAAGUGGCUGGUUACGAGCAGCCGGCGGGCGGAUAUCGCGAGACGCCUGGAAGUCGGCAAGGUCGGGCGACGGGGUGUGGACCUGGACGACUACGCCGAAGAGCUGACGCUGGCUGUCGGUGCUUACGUUGACCAGUGCGCCGCCGAACUGGCGGACGGCGCGGACGACGACCUGCAGCAGCAGAUCCGCGAGGGCCUGCGGGAGAGGGCCGGAGGCACGUUCCAGUACGUGACUCUCGCCGUCGCAAGGCUCAAGGCCGUGUCGACCAAAGAGAUGCCGGGCAUCCUGAGGGAGGCAGCACCCGACACAGAAGGCUUGUACAGGCAGGCGUCCGACCGCAUCCAGCACCUGGAUGGCGAGACCCGAUACCUCUGCCGGAGCGUGCUGGCCACCAUCGCCAUCGCCCACCGACCCUUGCGCCGCGAGGAGCUCUACGCGCUAUCGGGCCUCCCGUCCAACGACGCGGCCGCCGCUGACGACAUCAUACGGAAGUGCAACUCUUUCGGUAUCAGCGGCCUCACCACCUUCUCCGUCGACCCGCAGGCCCGCGAGUUUCUCUGCGGCAAUAGGGUGCUCUUCCCCGACGGCCUCGAGAGCGAGCACCGCCGCGUGUUCCUGCGGUCGCUCAGCCUUAUGGAGGCGACGCUACGGCGAAACAUGUACGGCCUCGACAGCCCGGGCACCCUCGCCGUCGACGUCAAAGCCCCAGAGCCCGACCCUCUAGCCACGGCCGCGUACGCCUGCGAGUACUUCAUCGAGCAUCUCAUCUCGAGCUGCUACCACGGCCGCGACACGCGCGACGCCGGCGCCCUCGCCGCCUUCCUCGAGUCCAAAUACCUUUAUUGGGUCGAGAGCCUCAGCCUCGUACGCGGGAUACGAACCGCCGUCUCCUCCUGGACCAAGCUUGUCGGGUAUCUCCAGGGGGAAAAAGGCGCGAAACGGCUGGUUGAGCUCGUCGCAGACGCCCAGCGUUUCUUUGAGUGCAACGGGCAGGCCAUCAUGGAGCGCCCCCUGCAGGCGUACGCCUCAGCUGUAGUCUUUGCCCCGUCCGGCGGCACGAUAGGAGCGCUCGUUCAGAGCGAGACGCCAGACUGGGUCGCCGUCGCUGGCGACGAGAUGCGAGAGGAGCACUGGAGCCCCUGGUCUCAGACGCUGGAACCGGGCACUGACGGACUCGUCAUCGUCGGGCCCGUUUCCUUCUCUCCCGACGGCGACUGGGUCGCGGCUGCACUUCAGGGCGACCGCCAGGGAGAGACGAAACGGGAGGUCCAGGUUUGGGACGCGGUGACGGGGAACCGCGUCUGGAGGCUCCAGAACGCCGGCGGCUGGAUGGCCUUCCCCCCCAAGAGCAGCCUGCUGGGGACGGCCGCCGGCGUGGGAGCAGGAGGACAAGGAGGAGUCGUCCGAUUUUGGGACCUGGCCAAGGGCGCCUGGCACGACCGCGUGAUCGACCUUCCGGACAUCUCGGCCGCCGCCUUCUCGCCCGACGGCGUGUGGCUUGCGGCCGCGGCCGGUGACUACAUGAACAUAUGGGACUGGGAGAGGGGAGACCGCGCGCUCCAGUUCCGCCACGGAUCCGCCAGCGCCGCCGGCUCCGUCGCCUACUCGGCCGACGGCACCCGGCUCGCGUCGGCACACGAAAUGGAGGUACGGAUAUGGAACGCCGAAUCGGGCCGCCAACUCUGCUACAUCAGCGGUGUGAAAGCCACGCUGGUCGCCUUCUCACCCGAGAGCAGCGCCGGCAUCAAGCUAAUAUCGGCGAGCAACGAGUCGUUGAUAACGUGGAGCACCGGGGCCGGAGAGCGGCUCGGCAUGCUCGACGUCCCUUCGGAACACGACCCGUACAGCGCCGUCGCCCUCUCCAUCGACGGCCGCUACUUCACCGCGUCGCCCGGGGGCACCAUCAAGACCUGGGACACGGUGACCAGGCGUCGGCUCCAGACGCUCGAAGGCUAUGACAGGCACGUACGGUCCCUGGUCUUCUCGCCCGACGGCCGCCAGCUCGCAACCAUAGGCGCCUGGGGGCUCCGGCUCUACCGGGCCGCGGCGUCGACGGAUGGCGGCGUGUUCCAGGCGACCCGCGACCACCCUGGCAAGAUCAGCAUCAUCCGGGUCUCGGGCGGCGGCGGCACCACCACCACCACCACCAUGGUGUCGGCGUCAGCCAGCACCAUGAAGAUCUGGGACCUCGCCGUAGGAGGGUGCCGCCCGCGCGAGAUCGAAACCGCUCGUGGCGGCAUCCUCGACGUGGUGCUCUCUCCCGACGGCGGCCGGCUUGUAUCUCUGUCCAGCUGCGAGGACGUUGGCGUGUGGGACACGGAAACGGGCGGCCGGCUCCAAACCAUCCCGGACUACGGCCUCGCGGCGUCCUUCUCGUGCGACGGGGCGCAGGUCGCCAUCCUUACGACGUCCAGUACGCUCAGGGUCUGGGACCUGACCAAGAAGCGGUACGUCCGCGUGUUUGACCCGCUGCCGCAGGAGGGGGGCGGGAGCGAGCCAGGUGCCGGGUCCGUCGCGUUUGCGCCCGACGGCUGCAUUGCGACGUCGCUCGAUCGCGCCAUCCGGCUCUGGAAGCUGACCCGUCGGGCGUGCACGCAGACGCUCGGCGACGAUGCCACAGCCAAGGCGCUUCUCUUCUCGUCCGACGCCGGCCGUCUUGCGGCGUCGUACGACGACAGGAUCAAGAUCUGGGAUCUGAAGGACGGUUGCUGCCUUCAGGCGCUGGACACCCGCGGGUCCCGUCGCGUCGACCUUGUGGCCUUUGACGCAAGCCAGUCCCGACUGUUGACGGAUGUGGGUCUCUUCCUCCUCAACGACACGGACAUGACUCCGGCUCGGGAUAAGACCGGGACUGGGACUGGGAACAUGGGUCGAGAGGUUCGUCGCCAGGGGUAUGGGGUAGAUAUCGACAGCGGUUGGGUCACGUGGGAGUCGAAGAAGAUGCUAUGGCUGCCGCCGGCCUUCCGCCCGGAUAGCACGGCGGUAUUGCUUCCGGAACCUGGGGCGUCGACGCCGUCGACCAUUGUGCUAGGAUGCCGUUCCGGCCGCGUGGUGGUGCUCCGCUUCCCGACCCAUAAGCCGCCAGUCGAGUCGCGCAGGAGAGGUUAG